AACCAACAACAACAAAACCAAAGAUUCAUAACAGAGAAAUAUUCGCUAUUAUUAUUGCAACAUUUUCCAAAUCAAAAAAAAUCAGUCGAGUGUUUUUUCCUCGUUAUUUAUCAUCUCUUUUGUUUCAUCUUUUUGGAUAAUGUAUAAUCCGACAAACCAAAAUUAUGGUGGAUAUCCACCAUUAAAUCAAACGAUUAGUUAUCCAGCACCAGGAACAGUUGGCUAUAAUAAUAAUAUGGGGCAAUCACAAGAACAACCACCGGGUUAUUACCAAUCAUCACCCAAUGGACCUGGUCAACCACCAAUUAUGCAACAGCCACCAAUGAAUUUUUAUCCCCCACCAAUGGCACCACAACAAGCUCCUUUUGGACCAUAUGCAGAUCCAAAUGUACCACCAGGAUUGGAACUUUUAUUAACAUUAAAUCAGUUGAUUAUUGAACAACAGGUUGAAAUGCUGGAAGCAUUCCUUGGCUUUGAAACAAACAAUAAAUAUAUUGUUAAAAAUUUGAAUGGACAGCAUUUGUAUUAUGCUGCUGAAGAAAAUGAUUGUUGUACUCGAAAUUGUCUUGGUGAAAUACGAUCAUUCGUAAUGCGUUUAUAUGAUAAUCAACGAAAAGAAAUAAUACGUUUCGAACGCCCUAUCCGUUGUAAUAGUUGUCUGUUUCCAUGCUUUUUACAGAAAUUAGAUGUUUAUAGUGGUCCAAACAAAUUGGGUUCGAUUCGUCAAGAAUGGUCAAUUUGUUAUCCUGUAUUCAGUAUUUUAAAUGCAACCGGCCAAAAAGUAUUACACAUUGAAGGACCGUUGAUAAAAUUUUCAUGUGGUGGUAAUGUAGAAUUCGCUAUUCAAUCGAACGAUGGUGAAACUCAAAUCGGUAAAAUCAGCAAACAAUGGAGUGGAUUAGCAAGAGAAAUGUUUACCGAUGCUGAUCGUUUUGGUAUUGAAUUUCCACUCGAUCUGGAUGUUUCAAUAAAAGCUGUAUUGUUGGGCGCAACAUUUUUGAUUGAUUUCAUGUUUUUCGAAAAGGGUAACAGAUAAAUCUAUCUGUUUCUAUUGAUGUUGUUAUUGUUUCGAAACCAAUUUACUUUUAUCAUAUUCACUUUGAUCUUGUUCUUAACCAAAAACAUAAAAAGUUAAACAGCCAAAUUUGAUCUGCAACUUGAAAAAAACA